AUGAUUAAAGUCUGCCAGAAAACAUCGCGCGACGACUUUACGGGAAUAGCUGCUUUGUCGGUGAAUGGCGAGUCAAUAAGUAAUCCAUUAGACAGAGCUAUGUACUCGACAACAUCAAAUACCAAUAGUAUUGUCGGGCUUUUGGCUACCUCAGUGAAUGAUGCUCCUACAUCUGAAGCCUUGUCUAUGACUGACAUUCAAACGGAAGAUCAUAGUAAGGUGAGCCCUAAAUCUAUUUAUCAGAAGUCACCGAGUGUUCAUCAGUGUGACUGUAAUUGUAAGCUCUUAACUGUUGAACUGGAAGGGGUUAAGUUGGAAUUGGUGUUGAUGCAAAAGGAUAUUGAGUCUAAAACAUUCAUAGCCAAUACAACAAAUGAAGGUGAUAAAAUUAAACAAUUAGAACGGGAUUUG